UACUUUACACCAGUGAUGACAGUUGAACAUGAAGGAGCAGUGAAGAAGAAAAGGAACUUGCUAGCCGCCGGCUAACUACUUUAGCGCGUUGGCAAUGGCGCCUUUAGACCUUGACAAUUACGUUGAAAUAGCGAGACACUGCAAGUACCUGCCGGAAAAUGAUCUAAAGAGAUUAUGUGACUACGUAUGUGAUUUACUGCUGGAGGAAUCAAAUGUUCAGCCAGUCUCUACUCCAGUUACUGUUUGUGGAGAUAUUCAUGGUCAGUUUUAUGAUCUUUGCGAGCUCUUCAGAACUGGAGGCCAAGUUCCAGACACAAAUUACAUUUUCAUGGGCGACUUCGUAGACCGAGGAUAUUAUAGCUUGGAGACAUUUACACAUCUGCUGGCUUUAAAAGCAAAGUGGCCCGAUCGCAUCACACUUCUACGUGGAAACCAUGAGAGCAGACAGAUAACGCAAGUGUACGGCUUUUAUGAUGAGUGCCAAACAAAAUAUGGAAAUGCAAAUGCCUGGCGGUAUUGCACCAAAGUGUUCGACAUGCUGACUGUUGCAGCCUUGAUAGAUGAGCAGGUCCUGUGUGUCCAUGGUGGUCUUUCGCCUGACAUCAAGACGUUGGACCAGAUCCGCACGAUCGAACGCAACCAGGAGAUCCCCCACAAGGGGGCCUUCUGUGACCUUGUGUGGUCAGAUCCAGAAGAUGUGGACACCUGGGCGAUCAGUCCGCGAGGUGCAGGCUGGCUGUUUGGCUCCAAGGUUACCAAUGAGUUUGUGCACAUCAACAAUCUGAAGCUAAUCUGCCGCGCACAUCAGCUGGUUCACGAAGGCUACAAGUUCAUGUUCGAUGAGAAGCUGGUGACCGUGUGGUCGGCGCCCAACUACUGCUAUCGCUGCGGAAACAUCGCGUCCAUCAUGGUCUUCAAGGACGUCAACAGACGAGAGCCCAAGCUGUUCCGUGCCGUGCCCGACUCAGAGCGUGUCAUACCUCCCCGAACUACGACCCCCUACUUCCUCUAGACAAGAGCCAGUCCUCUCACAUAUUUUACAAAGUAACGGCCCUUUCAGGUCCACUGCAUAUUGAACAGUGACAGGUUCCUUCUAAGGCUACAGUCUGUUUGCACCACACUCACUUGUUCUGUAUUUAAACCUUCUGCAAUGAGAAGAUACCUUUUUAAGUUUCCUCAUAUUUUGUUGAUAAAACGUGGACUUGUUAGAUCUCGAUGUUUAUGUAUCCCAAUGAAGCAAAUAAAACAUUUAAAUUGGUGCUAACUGCCAA